AUGGACGAUGAGGUUGUUCAGCGAGUAUUCCAAGAAGGAGGACGCGAUUACUUCCAGCAACAACCUUCUACUUCCUCUUCUUCUUCCUCCUCCAUCCUUCAAUCUCUCCCUCUCCAUGUGUCUUUUGAUCGUGGAUAUUAUUUGUUGGUAAAAUCUAUUCAAGAGCUUAGAGAGAAAAAGGAAGGGCUUGUUACUGUUGGCAUUGGUGGUCCUAGUGGUUCAGGGAAAACGAGCUUAGCAGAGAAGGUGGCGUCUGUAAUUGGUUGUGUUGUUAUAUCAAUGGAGAAUUAUCGCACGGUAGUUGAUGAUGGGAGUGACUUGGAUUCAAUUGACUUUGACGCACUAGUACAAAAUCUUGAGGAUUUGACUAAAGGAAAAGAUACUUUGAUACCAGUGUUUGAUUACCAACAAAAGAGACGUAUUGGUUCCAAAGGAAUAAAGAGCGCAUCAUCUGGAGUGGUAAUAGUUGAUGGUACCUACGCUCUGCAUUCAAGACUGCGCUCUUUACUGGAUAUUCGGGUUGCUGUGGUUGGCGGAGUUCAUUUCAGUCUUCUUUCUAAAGUUCGAUAUGACAUUGGGGAUUCUUGUUCAUUGGAUUACCUUAUUGACAGCAUCUUCCCACUGUUUAGGAAACACAUUGAGCCAGACCUUCACCAUGCACAGAUUAGAAUAAACAACAGCUUUGUCUCAUCAUUUAGAGAAGCGAUCUAUAAGCUAAAAUGCAGAAGUGAGUCACCAGAUGGACAUCCUGCUUAUGCCUUCCAAGGAACAGCACAUACAGAUAAUUUUAUUGAGAUGUACCUUAGGCCUCCUUCAGCAAAUGAAGAAGCACGGAUAAAUGAUUGGAUCAAGGUGCGGCAGUCUGGUAUCAAAUAUUAUUUGUCACUUGGGGACCAGAGAAUUGUUGACAAAAAUUUUAUUAUCAGGCCAAAAGCUGAGUUUGAGGUUGGGAGAAUGACUCUUGGUGGGUUGCUGGCUUUGGGGUACACUGUUGUAGUGAGUUAUAAACGAGCAUCUUCAUCUGUUAGCAAUGGCAAUCUUUCAAUGUCAUUAGAGACCAUUGAUACUCUUGGUGAGACAUUUGUGGUGCUGAGGGGGACGAACAGAAAAACUGUUGGAGCAGAGGCAAUGAGGAUGGGUGUUAGUGGACCUUGGAUCACUAAGUCAUACCUGGAAAUGAUUCUUGAGAGAAAAGGUGUACCACGUCUUAAUACACCACCACUGUUGCCUAAUACUUCUACGACAAGCAAUCAAGAAAGGGCCAUUGUUGCCCCAAGGCCAAUCCGUACCACUCCAAACCUUGUUAAUUGCCUUGAGGAUUUAUCUCAGCCAUGGACUCGGUCUCCAACAAAAUCUAAAUUGGAGCCUGUGGUAGCAACUUGGCAUUUUAUAUCGUCAGAUACAUCACAUGGGAGUUCAGUCGUAGAAUUCUCUCAUGAAGCAACCACAGAUUCUUCCUCUUGCAGGGAUAACAUGAAGCUUGCUCCUAUGCCUGAUUCAUAUGACUUGGAUAGAGGAUUGCUUCUUGCUGUUCAAGCAAUACAGGCUUUGUUGGAGAAUAAAGGUCCCCCUGUCAUUGUUGGAAUUGGUGGUCGUUGGGACUUCAUGCCAGCAGCCACUUGUACAGAUAUUGUUGUUAGAAUUGAUAGUUUAAAUGGCUCUACCAAUCGGAAAUUGAUAAGAGGCCCAAGUGGAUCUGGAAAAACUAGUCUGGCUCACAAAAUGGCUAACAUUGUUGGGUGUGAAGUAGUUUCGCUUGAAAGCUAUUUUAAAUCUGAACAAGUGAAAGAUUUUAAGUAUGAUGACUUUAGCUCUCUAGAUCUGUCUUUGCUUUCGAAGAAUAUUGAUGACAUAAGGAAUGGAAGAAGAACAAAAGUACCCAUGUUUGAUUUGGAGACUGGUGCUCGUAGCGGAUUUAAAGAACUUGAAGUUUCUGAAGAUUGCGGCGUGAUCAUUUUUGAAGGGGUGUAUGCUCUGCAUCCUGAAAUCCGAAAAUCUCUUGACUUGUGGGUUGCUGUUGUUGGUGGUGUUCAUUCGCAUCUUAUUUCUCGAGUUCAAAGGGAUAAAAGUAGAGUGGGCUGUUUUAUGUCCCAAAAUGAGAUCAUGAUGACAGUGUUUCCAAUUUUUCAGCAGCAUAUUGAACCACAUCUUGUUCAUGCGCAUCUCAAAAUUCGAAAUGACUUUGAUCCUGUUCUUUCCCCUGAGAGUUCUUUGUUCGUCUUGAAGAGUAAUAAGCAAGUGGCUUAUCAAGAUAUUUUGAAAAUUCUAGAUCCUGUGAAGUUGUGCAGUUCUGUUCAGAAUUUCAUUGAUAUAUAUUUAAGGCUCCCUGGACUUCCUACUAAUGGGCAGUUGGCAGAGAGUGACUGCAUACGAGUCAGAAUCUGCGAGGGUAGAUUUGCAUUGUUGAUACGGGAGCCUAUAAGAGAAGGGAAUUUCAUUAUUCAACCAAAAGUGGAUUUUGAUAUUAGCAUCAACACAGUUGCUGGCCUUCUUAACCUCGGGUAUCAAGCGGUAGCUUACAUUGAAGCAUCUGCAUAUAUCUACCAAGAUGGAAAGAUUCUCAUUGAGGUUGAUCAUCUGCAAGACACCCCUAGUCCUUACUUACAGAUCAAAGGAGUUAAUAAAGAAGCUGUGGCGGCAGCUGGUUCAACACUUAAACUGGAUGGUUCAUAUACAACUAAGAUCAUUUUGGAAAUAUUACCAGUAAUGGAAAGAAAUUACAGUGGAAUUCAUGCUCAACAAGCUGCAAGGUUGCAGGAACUUGUUGAAUUUAUACAAUCUCAGGGAAGCAACUCAGCAUCAGAAUCCUCUCCGAGUAGGGAGGCUGCUCCUUUAGAAGGAAUAAUUGAGGAUAUGCAGUCUAGAAUCAAAAGACUUGAAAGAUGGCAUACUAUCAACACGGUGCUAUGGACUUUUCUGAUGUCUGCCUUUGUUGGUUAUUCGCUUUACCAAAGGAAACACCAAUGA